UUGGAAAAAUUGUAGAAAUGAGAACUUGACAAGCAGGAAUUGCUCACAGUUUUUGUUUUAAAACAACUGUUUUAAUAAUGCAAUUACCAUGAUUAAAUCUGCACCGUAUGAAUUCAGGUCAAUUCAAAGUUAGGCUCUCCUUACGAAUAGUGAAUAUCUACCCGCUGGUAAAAAGUCGAUCAUUGAUUUUAUGUGUAAUUGAAUACUUCCAAAUUAGCAAGAUCAUCUUUGUUAUUGUAGUCAUAUUGAAGCUGUUUGAGCUCAGAGUCAGAAGUUUACGUUCAAGAGCACACCGAUAGUCAGAAGAUGGGUCAUAGUUGUCCCGUACUAAGCAGUCAGUACAGUACGAGCUCGCAAUUUUUACAGCAUCAAUAUUGCCCACUUGACCAUUUCACCAGUUUUGAAGAUCUUGAUUUUCUCCAAUUGUUGCUGACUGUGUUCCAUGAAAUAUUUAACUCCAUGGAGAUUAUUUUAUACCCUUAUCCUGACUGCUACAUUUGAACAAUGAGAUCCUUGACGCUGUGGAAGCUGACUACAGAACUAUCAAGAAAAGCCUACUAGAACAUCUGAACUUUAUUUACAGGUGUGCGCUGACACGCAGUAACCAUCAACUCCUAAUCCCAAACAGAAAUUGUUGUGACUUGCUAUCAAUGUGCAAUUUGUGGCUGUUUCCAUGACAACGGCUGAUUUACUGUAACAUCCUGCAGCAUAAUAGGACAUAUAGGCAACAUUUAUCACAGAUCGUCUGCAUUUAUUUCUACAGCGUUGAGCAAUACAAUCUAAUUGUGUUCCUUGAUAAUAGGACAGCGCAAUCAUAAUGUUGCUUGUUUUUUGUCCACCAAUCUGACAAUGAGAGAUGAGAUGAGGGUGCGUUGCUCAAUACAUUAAUCACGCAUGCCUAGUUUUCUUUUUUGGCACACGAAGUGGGGGGAGAGAGAGCCCAGCCUGCUUCUCACUGCUUUCUGUCAGCCAUGGUUGCCACUGGACGACGUGCGCUCUGGAGCCUGUGCGUGUGCUUCGCGGCCCUGCAUACAAAUGCUCUGAGAGUGACCAUGCGGGUGUCCACGGUGGAGGUAGUUCGAGGGGAUUUUGUCAUCCUGCCCUGCUCCUUCUACACCUCGAGCCCCCUCUCCAGACUCAACAUUAUCUGGACUCUGGCCCCCCUCUCCAGUCCAGAAUCCCCCAUUCAGGUGAUUGUGUAUGACCACGGGCAGAUUAUUGAAGACCCGUCUCUCAUUGGGAGGGUAGGCUUUACAGGUAUCCCAUGGAGCGCAGACAUCAUGGUGAAUGAUACCCGUGUGUCCGACGCUGGCAUUUAUCGCUGUAUGGUGAACAACCCUCCGGAGAUGGCAGAUCCUGGCAUAGGAGAACUGCUGCUCACUGUUCUGGUGGCGCCAUCUCUGCCUGCGUGCCAGUGGGAGGGGGACAUGGAUGCGGGAGGCAGCGUCACCUUGUCCUGCUCAGUGGCCGAGGGCAUUCCCACUCCAGAAAUCCACUGGGAUAAAAUCAAGCCAGAGGAAAUUUCAUUGCCAAUCAACAUGGAUGGCGAGCUGUCGGGUUCGGUCCAGAUCGCCAAUGUGUCGUCACAGACGUCCGGCCUGUAUCGUUGCUCCGCCUCCAACCUCCUGGGAACCGAGAACUGCUACAUCAACCUGUCCAUUCACAGCGAAGUGGGAGAGAGUUCCUCGGGAAUCCUGCAGGGGGUGUUGUUGACUCUAGCCAUGAGCCUGAUGCUGUUGAGCCUGCUGGUGCUCGUAAUUUGGCUCCAUCAGACGGGUCAGGACGGACGACGCCGGGUCUCCAAGAUGGAAGAGGAAGAGGAGGAAGGCUACAACGAGAUCCAGUAUACUCCGUCCCUGAUGAAGCGCUCCUUUGUAUAAGACUCAUUGUGAAGAGGUUUUCAAUAAACGCUCCUAAUGAUAUCUGUGCUAUUUCAUACA